AUGGGGGUUCGCCUCGAGGGCUCAUGGGAGUUCAUGGGGGUUCGCCUCGAGGGCUCAUGGGAGUUCAUGGGGGUUCGCCUCGAGGGCUCAUGGGAGUUCGCCUCGAGGGCUCAUGGGGGCUCAUGGGAGUUCGCCUCGAGGGCUCAUGGGAGUUCGCCUCGAGGGCUCAUGGGAGUUCGCCUCGAGGGCUCAUGGGAAAAGCGCACGUGUUCCUCACUGAAGGACAAGGUUGUCGAGCCGCUGAAGGAGACGCAACACGCCACCUAUGAUCCUGUGGAGCUAUGGAGACUUCAGCACCCCGCAGUAGGCAAGUCUCCCACAGCAGGCAAGUCUCCCGCAGCAGGCAAGUCUCCCGCAGCAGGCAAGUCUCCCACAGCAGGCAAGUCUCCCGCAGCAGGCAAGUCUCCCGCAGCAGGCAAGUCUCCCACAGCAGGCAAGUCUCCCACAGCAGGCAAGUCUCCCGCAGCAGGCAAGUCUCCCACAGCAGGCAAGUCUCCCACAGCAGGCAAGUCUCCCGCAGCAGGCAAGUCUCCCACAGCAGGCAAGUCUCCCGCAGCAGGCAAGUCUCCCGCAGCAGGCAAGUCUCCCACAGCAGGCAAGUCUCCCGCAGCAGGCAAGUCUCCCACAGCAGGCAAGUCUCCCACAGCAGGCAAGUCUCCCGCAGCAGGCAAGUCUCCCACAGCAGGCAAGUCUCCCACAGCAGGCAAGUCUCCCGCAGCAGGCAAGUCUCCCGCAGUAGGCAAGUCUCCCGCAGCAGGCAAGUCUCCCGCAGCAGGCAAGUCUCCCGCAGCAGGCAAGUCUCCCGCAGCAGGCAAGUCUCCCGCAGCAGGCAAGUCUCCCGCAGCAGGCAAGUCUCCCACAGCAGGCAAGUCUCCCGCAGCAGGCAAGUCUCCCGCAGCAGGCAAGUCUCCCGCAGCAGGCAAGUCUCCCGCAGCAGGCAAGUCUCCCACAGCAGGCAAGUCUCCCGCAGCAGGCAAGUCUCCCGCAGCAGGCAAGUCUCCCACAGCAGGCAAGUCUCCCACAGCAGGCAAGUCUCCCGCAGCAGGCAAGUCUCCCACAGCAGGCAAGUCUCCCACAGUAGGCAAGUCUCCCACAGUAGGCAAGUCUCCCGCAGCAGGCAAGUCUCCCGCAGCAGACAGGUCCCUCACCACAAGCUGA